AUGAAAUUCAGCAUGGUGAAGCUCAACGAAGGAAAAGGCUUCAACGGAGAGAGCGGGGUCUUCACCUGUCCACUAGAUGGCGUCUAUUACUUUGUUGUUAACGCGUCAGUCUACGGACGCGGCCACUGCGCUAUUUACAAGAAUGGAGAGAAAAUCGCGUCGCUGUAUCACGCGAACUCCGGGGAUGACCGGUGCACGCAGGUGGCCUCUAUGAGCAGUGUACUGAAGCUGUCCAAGAAAGACGAGGUGUGGAUUCAGGUCUUUGGGAGCAGAUAUGACAUACUGGCCACUGAAGAUAAUGAUACUGUCUUUACUGGUUUUCUUCUGGGCUAA